AACAAAUAUGGCUCCUCCUUCCACCUUUUUGCGCGAUUCUCGAGAUCCUCUAUCCUCUUCUUCUCAAAAUACCCAACCGCUAUUUCUCAUCACAUCUGCCCUCUUCUUCUCAAGAUCUCGCUCCGCCGUCGCCGACAAGGACCCCGAUCGCUGACCGCAAGCUAUUCGUCUUUGACCCCUACAACGACAUAGCAAUUUAGUGAGCUCCAACUUCAUCUUCGGCUUCGCCCCCUUACAGCAAGAUCAACGAAGCUACCACCGCCGACAAGGACCCGCCGACCGCAAACUCAUCGUCCGCAGCCAUUGACCCCAAACUCUCUUCUUCACAGUGUCUCAAUUGAACCAAACCCUCAAUUCGAAGCCCUCGUUUUUUGGUGAAAAUCUAGGAUAGCGAAAUCAAGUUCAUCAUUUGAAUCAUAUGAAUCAACAACAAGAAAAGAUGAGUUAAUGAAGCUUAUGAGAAUCUAUCAAUGUUGAAUGAAGCAUAUAAGCAAUAACUUGUUAGAGUCGGCAUUGAUACAAAGGCCACUAAGGUCGAUAUUGAAAAAAUGUUUAGGCAAUAGAAACAAGAGAGAAAAGAAGGAGGAGAGAAAAGAUGAGAGUAGAGGAGAUGAGGAGCCUGAGGUGGAGUUAGAGGGGAAAGAUGAGUCAGAGAUAGAAGAUGACCACGGAAAAGAAAUGGAAGAACAUAAGAAUGACCGAGUAGAUAUAGACAUUGAAGUUGAGGAGCCUGUAGAUGUGAAAGAAUUUUUUAAAGGAUACGAGCAAAGUGCUAGAUAACAACAAAGAAGCCUAAGUUCUUGGAUUCUCCAUUCCGAACAGCUUUCCCUAACAAACGAAGUAAAGUGAAGAAAGCUCAUGUCAUGCUGGAAGAUGACUAUGACAAGAGGGAGAAGGAAAAGGAGAAAAAACUUGUAAUUGCAUAUGCCGAUACGAGAACAUCUGUAGAAGACUUAUGGAGAAGAGAAAAAACUGGAGAAGAAAAGAAAUCAUUGUAUAUAUUAUAUAUGGGCAUUCCUUUUCCAUAAGACUUUGAUAGCAGGCUCCCGGGAGUCGUUGAUGACGGAUUUUAUCAUAAUUUUACUAUUCAGAAUCUACUUCAUUUUACUGAUGAUGAGAACAAGUGGCUUCAACAUUUUCUGGCAUUAAAAGUGGACAAGCAAGUAUCAAGUAGUUAUUUAUGAAUUUCAUAUGAGAUACUUACAUAUAGUAUGUGAUAACUAGUGGUUUUAUGUGACCUUUACCCGUUUCCUGUGAUAUUUACAUAUAGUCUGUGAUGAUUAGUGGUUUUAUGUGAUCUUUACCCAUUUUUAGUGAUAUUUACAUGU